AUUAUAUCUAAAUCUAAAAGAAGAAGAAAAAAUCUUACAGAUACAGAUAGAAAAUAGUAAAUGUAAAUAUACAAAUAAAUACCGAAACCUAAUUCUAAAUAUUUGAGAGUUUAUUUGCUGAAUUUAAAACGAAAAUACUUUAAUCUCUUAGUGUAUCUAAAUUGAUGCAAAUACCAAAAGGAAUUAUAAACAACAAAGCAGUUUUAAUACAAGGAGGAGCGUAAAGAAUAGAAUGGAUCAUAGAUUGGGAGCAGUUUUUAUAAUAUGCUACAGUUUAACAUCAAGAUAAAUCGAACAAUCCUUUGUAUUAUAAAGAAAUAAACAUUUAAGAACCAUGGAAGCUACUCAAAGUCCAAUACUUAAUUCGGAUCUGUGUUUUUUAAUACAAAGAUUUCUAUCUUCCAGUGUACUUAAAAAGACAUUACAAGUAUUUAAUGAAGAGCUAGAGGAAUCGAAAAUAUUACCAACACGCAUAGACUGGGAAGGAAGACAACAUGACCGCACUGUAGAUGAUAUGAUUAGACAGUUUCCAAAUAUUCGACCAGAUUAUUUGUUGCAUCUAUGUUAUAAAGCAAUAAAAUCAGGUGAUAAUGUGUUGUCAGAUAAAAGUAAAUCAUUUUUAACUUUUAGACCAAACAAAUUUCAAGGUAAUGAAAUUUUGACAAACUUUAAACAAUUUUAUAAUUAUGUUACUAGAAUUCAUGGCGUCCCUAUUCAAAAUACUGAAAAUUCCUUUAAUCUUGUUAAUUCUGUAAGAGGUAGAGAAGUUUCAGGACCUGUUAGUAGACAACGCAUUACUACUUCAAAAUUAUAUAGUUCCAUGCAGAUACAAAGGACCACAGUUGGGCAUCUAUCAUCUGUCUAUUGUUUAUUAUUUGAUCAUUCUGGGAAAUACAUUAUAACAGGUGCAGAUGAUUUAUUAAUUAAGCUUUGGUCAACUUAUACUGGUAGAUUAAUAUCAGUUUUUCGGGGGGCAUCAUUAGAAAUAACUGAUAUUGCUAUAAACUCAGAAAAUACUUUAAUAGCAGCUGGAUCUAUUGACCGUAUAUUGAGGGUAUGGAAUUUACAAAAUGGAGCACCUGUUGCAGUUUUAACUGGGCACAAUGGCAUGAUAACUUCUGUAAAUUUUUGUCCAACACAGUGCUUAGACGUUCGCUAUUUAAUAAGUACUAGCACUGAUGGGAGUGUAGCAUUUUGGCCUUAUACAUAUGAAUGUGCUGCAGAAGUUGAAUUCAGAAAUAAUCCACUACUGUACCAAGAAAAACUUAGGCCUGGACAAGCACAAAUGAUUUGCUCAUCAUUUAGCCCUGGUGGUACAUUUUUAGCAACUGGUUCUGCAGAUCAUCAUGUUAGAGUAUAUUAUAUGAAUGGAGAUGAAGGUCCUCAUAGGAUAUUAGAAAUGGAAGCACACAGUGAUCGAGUAGAUUCAAUUCAAUGGGCUCAUUCUGGAUUAAGAUUUGUUUCUGGCAGCAAAGAUGGAAUGGCAAUAAUUUGGUGGUUUGAAAGGCAGCAAUGGAAAAGUAUACAUCUAGAUAUGUCCACCAAAAUAACAAAUUUAAAUAAACAAACAGAAAAUGAUUCAAAAAAAUUAAAAGUUACAAUGGUUUGCUGGAAUCUUUCAGAUUAUUGGGUAGUUACAGCUGUUAGUGAUCACACUCUCAAAAUUUGGACUGCUUCCAAUGGACAAAUAAUUAAAAGCCUGACUGGACACAGCGAUGAAAUAUAUGUUUUGGAAGCUCAUCCUCAAUGUGAUAAUAUUAUCUUAUCUGCUGGCCAUGAUGGACAAUUAUUCAUUUGGGAUAUAUUGAAAGGAGAAAUCAUAUUCAAGUUUCUAAAUAAUAUUGAAGGACAAGGAUUUGGAGCUAUAUAUGAUGUUAAAUGGAGCCCUGAUGGAUGUGUAAUAGCAGGUUCAGAUUCACAUGGUCAUAUUUUAAUAUUUGGAUUUGGACAGGGUAGUCAAUUUUUUCAACAGCUACCACAAGAACUAUUCUUUCAUACAGAUUAUCGACCGCUAGUACGAGAUUCUAAUCAUUAUGUAUUAGAUGAACAAACUCAAAUUCCUCCACAUUUGAUGCCUCCUCCUUUUCUUGUCGACAUUGAUGGUAAUCCAUAUCCUCCUAUGCUUCAAAGAUUAGUCCCAGGUAGAGAAAGCUGUAAUGUAAAUCAGCUAGUCCCAAACAUUGUUAUUGGAAAUGAGGGCACACAAGAGGUUAUACAAGACCUUCCUCAAAAUCAUUUAGCUUCUCUAGAGCGAAAUGAAGAAGAGAUAAGAGAACAGGGUCCAUCUUUUAGACUAGGACGAAGAUCAUCUAUAAGAGAACAUGAACGAAUUAGACAAAGUACUGGAGACUGGCAAAACGACCCAUCAUUUGAAUGGCAAAAGAAUGUACUAGUUCAACCCCUUGGUAAAGCAGUUUCAGAAAGGGCAAGAGAACUAAGAGAAUAUUUGAAAGUAGCUGAAAUGGAAGAAUAUCAAAAGCAGUUAAGACAGAGACCUCAUAUGAUUAGCAUAAAUACAUCCAGUAACAUCAAAAAGAAAGAAGAAAAGGAAAAAAGGAAGAAGAAGAAUAGUAAAUACACCACCAGAUCUGCAGUUACAUAUGAAUAUGAUGAACCAGAAUCUUCUGCAAUCGAAAAUGUUUCUGAAUCAUCUGAUUCUUCUGAUUGGACUGCAAGAAAACGAAAUGACCAUCGACCAACUAGAUCUAGCAGGCGACAAGCAGCCAACAAUUCGCGAAAACAUGAAUCUGAAGAUGAAGACAUCGAGGUCGAAGUUUAUGAAGAUGAUGAUUAUAAAGAAGAUGAAGAUUUUGAUGAUUCUGUACCUAGUUAUAGUAGAUACAAAGAAAACGCAAGUAAGAACAAACAAAAAGAGAAUAACAAUCAUAAAUCGACAGAAAAUAAUUCAAAUAAGACUAAAAAGAGAGUGAGCAGAAAAAUGAUUUCUAGGAAGAGAAAUAAAUUAAGUAAUAGUUCUAGAAAUAGCAGUAGUUCUUCUAGUAGUGAAAGCGAAUAUCAGCAUUACAAUGGUAACAGUUCUAGAGGCAAUAAAUCACUUUCAGAAAUUCUUGGACCAUCUACAAGCGGAAUUCAAAAAUCUUCCAAAUUAACAAAAAUAUCUGAGCAGUACAGACUUAGUGAAUGGCUAUCAGAAACAAGGCCCAGAAAAUCACCUUACUAUCCUCAAUUAGGAGACGAGAUUGUUUAUUUUGUUCAAGGUCAUCAACUAUAUUUAAACGCCGUAGAAAUGAAAAAAGUAUACGAAAUAUGUAUCAAAGAACUACCUUGGAAUAAAUUGAAAAUAGAACCUCACGAAUUUUGUAAAGUAAUAGGUAUUCAGUACGAAAUCAAACCACCUAGGUUGUGCUGUCUAAAAUUAGCUCUAAUGGAUGAAGAAGGAAGGUUAACAGGAAAAGGAUUUUCAGUAAAAUACCACGAUAUGCCAGACGUUCUAGAUUUUAUAGUCCUUAAACAAAUUUAUAACACAGCAAUAUCUAGAAAUUGGAAAAGCAACAAUAAAUUUCGAUGCAUGAUAGAUGAAGAAUGGUGGAUUGGAGAAAUUAUCAACAAAUCACCAGCAAGCGAUGCUUUCCCACAUUCCUCAUUUCUAUGUUACCAAAUCAGAUGGAAUAAUGGAGAAGAAGAAAGAAUGAGCCCCUGGGAUAUGGAACCAAUUGAUAAUGAUAGAAUACCAGAAGAUGAAAGUCAAUCAGUUCCAGUUCUUGAAGAAGAACUUUCAUCCAUACUUUAUAAAACUUUAGAAUGUGACUGGCCUUAUAGCGAUCUUACAGCAAUUACUAAAAAUGUAGUUACUGGACUAACUAGAGUAAUGGAAUUAGCUAUAGCGGAGCCUUUUUUAGUUCCUGUGGAUAUAAAUGUAUAUCCGAGUUACGCUAUGGUUAUAGAGUACCCCAUAGAUUUAUCAACAAUAAAAUCUCGGUUUGAAACUAGGUUUUAUAGACGUCUCAUUGCAGCUCAGUUUGACAUAAGAUAUCUAGCAACAAAUGCUGAGAAAUUUAAUGAAAAACGCAGUAAUAUAGUCAAACAUGCUAAAAUUGUAACUGAACUCUGUUUGAGGAUUGUAAGAAACUGUUCAAUCAGUGUGGACGUACCUAGUCUCUAUCAUCUCCUUGUCAGUAAUUACGAUUCAUCAGAAUCAGAGCAUGAAACGGAAAUAUCCCCUUCUACUAGUAAAAAUUUGAGAGUUGUUAUUAAAAGAAAUGUUUGCGAUGUUAAUGAUUGGAAAGUACCUGCUACGAAACUUAUAGAUACUUUAUGCGCAAACGAAGAUUCAAUACCCUUUCGAAAACCUGUAGAUUCAAUUACAUAUCCUGAUUAUUAUCAAAUCGUAAAAACUCCAAUGGAUUUAAGAACUGUCAAACAAAAUUUGGUGGAUAAUAAAUAUACCACUCCUCAGCAAUUCUGUGGUGAUGUCAGGUUAAUUUUUUCAAAUUCUAGAUUAUACACACCCAAUAGAAAAUCUAGGAUUUACGAUAUGACUAGUAACUUAUCUAAACUAUUUGAAGAAUCCUUUAAAAAAAUACUUUCGAACUGGAAAGGAGCUACAAAAAGACAAAGAAAACGAAAAUCGUUAUCAAGCGGGGACUCUGAUAACUCGAUUACUUCCAAUUCUUCAGAUACAGGAUCUGUACAAGAAGAAAUUAAUAUCGAGAUUGAUGAUGCUGAUGAUGAUGAUGGUAAUGAAGAUGAUGUUGAUGAUAAUGAUGUUGGUAAUGAAACAAAAUCAGAAUCAGAUAGUUCGAGUGUAACUACAAAAGUAACAAAAAGAAGGAUACGUAAGAUUGAUAAAGAAUCUGAAGAAGAGUAUUGUCCUAGAGAAUCAGCCAGAAGAGUGACUUACAAACAGUCCCGAGUGGAUUACAGACAAUCUUCUUCAGAAGAAUUAUCUUCUAGUGAUGAACGAUUCGAAAAUAAAAGGAAAAAUAAUUUAAGACAAAGGCGAGUACGACAAAAAGUCGUUUACGAUACAAAUAGUGAAAGUAGCGAAUCCAAUAAAAGAUUAAAACGUAUAAAAAGAGAGAUAACCAGCUCUGACAGUGAUAGUAGUAGCAAAUCUUUUCAGACUGAUGUUAGCAAACGAAAAGAAGGUACAUUUAUUUCAAAUGUAAGCAGCAGAGGGAGAGUUAGAAAAUUUACCGAACGAGCUAGAGCACUAUUUAAGAAAAAAUAAAGUAUUUUGAUAUAAACUGUCGUUCAGUG